ACCACUCCCACUUCCCUGCUUCGUCCCACCAUGGUUAACUACGGCGGAGAUGAGGUCUCUGCGCUCGUACUAGACAUCGGCUCAUCCUCCUUGCGCGCGGGGUACGCGGGCGAUGAUACCCCCAAAGCGAUCGUACCCACCGCGUUUGGCUACCUGGAGGAGCCUGCCUCUUCUGGCGGAGAUGUCGCUAUGGGCGAAGCCGGCGCUCCGGAGGGCGAGCAGCCGGAACCGCUCAAGCCCAAGGUGAAGCUGCAUAUUGGACAGAACGGCCCCUCCCUGUGGCGGAGCGGGAUGCACGUUGGGAACCCCAUGGCGGACGGUUUGGUCCAGAACUUCGACUCCAUACCUCCCCUCAUCAACCAUGCAUUUACGGAUGUCAUGCGCUGCAACGCCUCCGAACACCCCGUGCUCGUCACUGAGGCCCCCUGGAAUACCCCUGCGAACCGGGAGCGUAUGGCAGAAAUUAUGUUUGAGGAAUUCCAAGUGCCCGCAUUCUACAUUGCUAACACCGGUGUUCUCAAUGCUUUCGCUGCUGGAAAAGGCUCAGCACUGGUCAUCGACAUCGGCCAGUCAACGGCCAGCGUCACGCCCGUUGUUGACGGAUUCGUCCUGAGGAAAGGACUUUCGCAUUGCGCACUCCCGCAAUUGGUGCAUGCACACGCGAAGCACAUGCUUGCAAGCCCUACCCCGACACGACCAGCCAUCCAGCUGCUGUCUCAUCAGCUGAUCGCGAGCAAGCUUCCAGUUGAUGCAGCCAUGCCACCAAGAUUCCAGCUCCGCGACGACCGUAUUCCUGGCACGACGGACACCUGGAAAGCCUGGGCUGAGGCGCACGAAGUCGACGAGUGGAUCCAGAGCGUCGCCGGAGUCCUCCCUCAAGGCUGGAACGAGCAAGCGGCGAACCAGCAAGGUUCGCGACACUACGAGUUCCCCACCGGGGCAAACUACUACUUCAGCGGCACGGAGCGCUACGCGGUCGGCGAACAGUACUUUACCCACUCUCCACAGCUCAUCGCGUCGAACCCGAACCUCCCGAAGACGGUGCCGGCGUUGAUCAUGAACGCGAUCCACUCGUGCGACCCGGACCUCCGCGGGGUCCUCAUGGGCAACGUCGUGCUCACCGGCGGCGGCAGCUUCUUCGCCGGCUUUGCGGACCGCCUCCACACCGAGCUGACGCGCCAGUUCCAGAUCGUUAAGGUCCAUGCCCCUGGCAACCCGACUGAAAGGAGGUACGGCGGGUGGCUCGGCGGUAGCAUCCUCGCUAGCUUGGGCACGUUCCACCAGCUGUGGAUCAGCAAGGAGGAGUGGCAGGAGCACGGCAAGGCCAUCGUCGGGCAGCGUUGUAAGUGAAGGGAUGGGCUCUCGUGUACGAGGACUGUGUUGUACUAUUUGUUUUUUUUGCUGCUUCAACAUUCCCGGUGUGUAGUCAGCCACAAGGACUUGCGGGCAUCCUACGCG